AUGUCAACCACUACGGCAGGACCAACAUUACAAGUACAUUUUCACGAGGACAUGCUGGAUCUCAGUCAGGUCGCUUCUCACCGCUUACGAGAUCAUGCAGCGGGUCUAAUUAACUGCUAUUCGCCCCAUCAUGAUGUACGGAUCAGGGACUCAGGACGACAUCACUAUAGCACUCUCUACAGCGGUGGCGAAAAUCGACUCUCUGGAAGGAAGCUGGUUAGACGGCUACUUGGCUACUUUUGGGUAUACUACAAUGAAGAUCCUUAUGCGGAAAUUGAUGUGGUAUACCGACGGAUGACACAUGGAAGAUAA